UGAAAAUGUUCUGGGAAUCUUUAUGAAACAAUAACAGGAAGAAAACACUCCCAGCUCGGACUGGGACGCUUCCUGUUUCCCAGACUGGGAGUCUGGGUCAAACUGGGAUCUGAAUGUGAGGAAUGUGGAGGUAGAAGUUCUGGUCGGAACCGGCUGGUACCGAUCCAAUCAAUAAUCAGACACCUUUCAGCUCAUCCAGUUCAGUGAAAAACUCAUUUGGAUCAGGAAGUUCGGGCUGGUCUGGGUUCGGUUCGGGCUGUGGGCGGGACCAGCAGCCUCAUCAGCUCUCAGUCCAGAUCAGACCUCGGAUCGCCAUGACGUCCUGCCGCCUCUCGCUGCUCCUGCUGCCGCUGCUGGUUCUGGUUCCGGUUCUGCGGGCCGGGUCGGGCUGUGCUCCGUGUGACCCGGCGGGAUGCGCUCCUCUCCCGGCUGCGGGCUGCCCCGCCGGCUCGCUGCGGGACUCCUGCGGCUGCUGCGCGGUGUGCGCCGCUGCGGAGGGCGAGCCGUGCGGCGGCGCCCGCUGCGGCCCCUGGAUGGAGUGCGACAGGAGCCGCGACCACAAGCGGAGCAAAACCGGCGUGUGCGCGUGCAAGACCAACUACCAGGUGUGCGGAUCCGACGGAACCACGUACAGGAGCGGCUGCGCCCUGAGGAGCGCCAACAUGGCGGCGCGGCGGCGCGGCAGGGAGCCAAUCAGCGUCCAGAACAAAGGCCGCUGCGCCUCAGCCCCCUCCAUAGUGACGCCUCCAGGCCAGGUGUUCAACCUCAGCGGCUCCCAGGUGUUCCUGAGCUGCGAGGCGGUGGGCGUGCCCACACCUGUCCUCACCUGGAAGAAGGUGCUUGGCGGGAGAAAGAGGGCGGAGCUUCUACCUGGCGAUCGGGACAACCUGGCCGUCCAGACCCGAGGCGGACCGGAGAAGCACCAAGUGACGGGCUGGGUUCUGAUCUCCCCGCUGACUGAAGAAGAAGAAGGAUCCUACGAGUGUCACGCCGCCAACUCCAGAGGCGAAGCGUCGGCCAUCGGAGGCGUCCACCUGGUCCGGUCCGUCGAUGACAUCAUCCUCAAUUCAGGGAUGAAGGACGAGCCGCUGUGAUCACACGACCGACUUCAUCAACUUCAGACUUUUCUGUUUCUUGCUCAUAUAUUUUAACCUUUGAACUCAUUAGAAAUUUAACGUUUUUGUCUGAUUUUAAACUUUGAAUCAUUUAUUAUGAUUUUCUCUUACUUUUACUUUGAAGGGCAGGGUUACAGGUUGUUUCUGCUGAUGAGUUUUAUGUUCUGUAUUCGGACCUUCGGGUCGCUGCUCUGCAUCAGAACUUUGCUGAUGAAAAUCGGUUCUUCUAAAUAUGAUUUUCGCUUAACAUCUUUUUUAUAAAGUGAAUAAACCAGAUUAUAACC